AGACCAAAAUUAGAAAUUGAGGAGAUGUCUUCAGAAGAGGCCAUGAGUGUGGUGGGGAGUGAGGUGAUGCCCCUGGAUUACGGGAGCAUGGACUCGGAGAGCAAUCCGUCUCCAACUAGUUCGGAGAGGAUAGUGGAGGAUAUAAGGGGGCGAAGGGUAGUAGUGGUAGAAGAGGAAGAAGAUGAAAUCCCUUCAAACAUUUUGGAGGCUGGAGGUGGUGUAGAUGGGUGUUAUGACCUAGAUUUAGAGGUAGUGUCUGAGGUGAGGGGGUAUGUGAGUGAGUUAGGUAGUAGGGAUAGUCUGAGGGGCCUCGUGAGUAACUGUAACCUUCCUCACCACGUCUUACUUAGGCCUGCCGGGGUGAAUGAGAGGGCAUGCUCAGCACCCCGAGACCAUUGGAUGCCCCUCUACGUCCAUUAUUUGAUGGCAGGACUUAGAGUUCGGGAGGUGGGCGUCCCGACAGUAAACAUGUUUAAACAUUUUUUUAUAAUUAAGGCUGGGGGUAAGGGGGAGAAGGGGUGGUACUACUUCGGUCCUCGGUCGUCCAGCAAAGAUAAUAGGAAUUUAUUCACUGCUGGACCGUCAUCCAUCAAAGGAUGGAAAGAAAAAUUCUUCUUUGUGGAUGACACCGAGUGGAGCAGGAGGGAUGCCGAAGUGGAACAGUUGUCUGCUUGGAAAGCAAAGAAAACCAAGCAGAACAACUAUAAGUUGAACGAGGAUGAGGUGGAGGAGGUGGAGAAGCUGGUGAGGGAAGAUGGAGACGUAAUGGAUAUCUUGUACCUCACCAGUCCUAAGGCAAUAGAGGCUGUUGAGCUCUAUGGGCCAAGCUCAUUGAGCGAAGCUGAGAUGGAUGAAUUUAUCAAUGCUGCUGGAGGGCUGCGCAUCCCCAAGAAGCCAAGGAAGAAGUCAAAGACUUCGACUACGGUAGACAAAGGGGCAGCAGAGAAAGAGCGCCUGCCCAGCACUUCUGCUCAAGUUCUGGAGAUACAGCAGAGACCAGAGCCUGCAAAGGGGGAUAAUGAGGAUGUGAGUGAGGAGGUGGCACCACUCCAGAGGAAGAAGAGGAAGAUGGCUGAACCAGAGGUGACGGGGGAUGAGGUGACUGAGUUCGUGCCUCACCCCUCUACUCCUGAAAUCAAUCCUGAGGUUAGGGAGAGGGAAGGGGCCGAGGUGCGAGGCCCUGGUAGGGGCAAGGAGCUCAUCCCUCCUCAUUUGUACGAGAAGAGUUUGUUUGAGGCGGCGAACACGAUUGGGGCGAGGCACUUCCUCAACUGUACUCUCCCUGAGGUGGAUAGGAGGCGGGCGAGGGAUGAGGCAGUGAGUCGGCUAGGAGCUACUGUGGUGAGGCAUGCCUUGGAGGAGUACGCGGAGAGCAUGAGAGAUCGUGCCAGCUUGCAGAGGCAGUGCGAGCAGCUGCAGAAGGAGAGGGAGGAGCUACAAAAGGAGAAGGAGGAGUGGCAGAAGGAAAGGAGGGAGAUGCAGAGGAGGCUGGAUGAGGUUCUUCCUUCAGUUACCGAACUCCAGAACGACAAUGAUGUCCUGAGCACGAAACUUGUUCUCGAAGAACGCAAGAGGAAGAUCUGCGAAGACAAGCUCGAGGCUCAGGAUAAAUAUAUUGAGAACAUGAAGAAAGAAGCAGCGGAGUUGAAGAAGAAUGUGAACCUGCUGAAGGUGAAGGCUCAGUAUUCGAAGGUGGACGUGACAACGGUUACUUUUGGGGAGCAGGAAGAAGGGGUGGAGGAAGAUAGUGAGAGCCUCUCUGCUGACUUCCGACCUCAGAUUACGCUAAGGUGGGAGCGUGAUGCAGAGGGGCGCACCAUUUUUCCUCCAGCCUUUGAUGCUGAGUUGGUGGUCGUGGAGGAAGAAGAAGAAGAAGGAGUGUAAGGCGCUGGAGUUGAGGAAGUGCAGCCUCCCGAGGUGCAUCCAGUCUCCUCUGACGAGGUGCAGCAGUUGGCCCCUCCUGAAGCAGAAGUGCCGCCCCUGCCUACUGGAGAUGAGCCACCCCUACCACCUCUUCUUGUUGAGGAGUAGCCUCCUUCCUCAACAGAUUAGCUUAGGAAUUUUUGCUUUAUUUUUGUAAAAACAUUUUUUGUAAUUUGAUGUUUGAUUUAUUGUAUAAAAGUUUUGAUUUUUA